AAAUGGUAGAACAUGAAAAAUAUUCAAAAAUGAAUAAAUUAAUCAUAAAGAAAGAGUUGGACAUCAAAAAUGAAGCUUCUUAAAUUAAAAAGAUACAGAGAAUUCAUGCAAAAAACAGGGAUUAUCUUGUUGGUUAAAUAAUUAGUUUUUUGUUGAGAAGAUAUUUAGGAUUACAAACAUGGAAUAAAUGUAGAUCAAUGUAAGCGUAUUAUUCGACAAGUUAUGAUAUAUAUGAGGUUAUUUUAGGGAGUUUUAAUUAUUUUCAAACAUGUUAUUUUUGA